AUGGCAGACUCAAGCCAAGAGGCUGAGCCUCACGGCCUUUUUACCUUUUCACAUUUCGCCGCUGCAGCAAUCACCUACCUGAUCGUCGCAAGUGCUUACCACUUGCUCACAGCGCCAUCACCACCAUCGAACAUACCAUGGAUGGGCUACGGCAAAGGCUGGAUCGCCGACUUUCGCAACUUUACCGCAUUGACGAAGAGCAAAGAAUGGCUGUUGGCUGGUUACAACAAAUACAGCCGCGACGGCAAGAUCUUUGUGUUACCCGCGACGCUUGGCAUGCAGGCUGAGAUUGUCAUGCCUCAAAGUCAAAUGCGCUGGAUGUUUGAUCAACCAGAUUCCGUACUGAGUGCGCAUCAAGCGCAUUACGAUUCUCUGCAGGGCGAUUAUUCGUUCAUCAACCCUUACAUCCUGAAAGAUGCCUACCAUGAACAUGUCCUUCACAAGAGCCUUUUUCGAAAUCUCAAUGCGAUCAUACCGGGUCUUGAAGAAGAGGUGCCACGAACGAUUGCCGACGUUUACGGAACGGAUACAGAAAACUGGAAAAAGUUGGACGUCCUGGAGUCUUUCAUGGAGAUGAUUCCAGUAUUGACCAACCGCAUGCUUCUUGGAGAGUCGCUAUGUCACGAACCGAAAUUCCUAGAAGCGGUACUGAGCUACACCAAAGACGUCAUUCGCAAUCAAGCUCUCAUGUUUCUUGUCCCAAAAGCGCUGCACCCUAUCGUCGGUACGAUGUUAAGUCUGCCUGUCAAGUACCACUACUGGCAGUCUUCGAAGUUCACAAUACCUAUGAUCAAGCAACGUAUCUCGGAUUUCGAGAAGAAAGAUGCCGGAGAUCCUGAGUACAAGAGUUGGAAGGAGCCGAAUGACUUCAUCACAUGGAGCUACCGAGUUGCGCAGGCCGAGGGACGACCCGAGGAGAUGCAACCCGACCGCAUCGCUAAGCGCGUCUUGCCACUCAACUUCGCUAGCAUACACACGACGUCGAUUACCGCCUUUGAAACCAUUGUUUGCAUACUAGGCUGUGAACCAGAAGUCGUCGAACAGUUGCGCGAAGAGGCGCAUCGCAUUUUCCAAGAGGAGGGAAGCUGGACAAAGAAUGCUCUUAGCCGUAUGUACCGCAUCGAUUCCGCUAUUCGCGAAUCACAGCGUGCCUCGCCUAUCGGCCUUACGUUCGUACACCGCAAGGUUGUAGCGAAGGAGGGUGUCACAACACCGGAGGGUGUGCAUCUGAAGUACGGAACGCUUUUUUCAUGUCCAUGGGGGGCGAUGGCUCUCGAUACAGACAUGACCGAGAACCCAGAAGAGUUCGACGCGUUCCGAUACUCGCGUCCGAGAGAAGAAUACGAGGCGAUGAGCGCGGAGGAGAAACAAAACGUCGAUGCGCUGAAGCUGAAGCAGACGGGCCUUGUCACUACAGGUGUUAAUCAUCUUCCUUUCGGCCAUGGAAGGCAUGCUUGCCCUGGACGCUUCUUCGUCUCCCAUGAACUCAAGAUUAUCUUCGCCAACUUGCUACUAAACUACGACUUUAAGCCACUUGCGGAGAAGCCCAAGAAGAUGUGGGUCAUCAGAUACAAGGUCCCUCUGCCAGUAACGAUUGAAGUGCGUCGUAGGAAGAGCGCAUGGACACCUCAGACUACCUCGCAGGAGUCGUGA